AUGGGAAUAAAUACAAAGUUGACAUUCUCUUAACACGUAAUAUUGAUCCCCAAAGACUGGAUUUUUUCUCUUCAUACAUCAUCAUGGUCACAACUCACACUAUAUGCAUAUCAAGUUCUAUACCUCACAUAUGUCAACGAUCUAGAGCAUCAAAUCGUCUGGUUCUCUUAUCCACAAUCCAACUUCCCAGAAUUAUUAUUCUCCUUUUUAGUUUUGCCCCAUCAUUAAUCAAAGGUACCUCUAUAUGUUCACAAAAGAUUACAUGUAUGUGUAUAUAUAGAAUUCCAAGACUCACUUCUCAAAAACAAACACAUCAACACUAAUCUCCAAGCAAUAUAAGAAAAAGACAUAUACAUAGUAAAAGAGUAUUACUAUACAUAUGGAUGUGGUAGCAACAUUGGCGUCACAAAGAGCAGUGGUGAUAUUCAGCAAGAGUACUUGUUGUAUGUCUCAUGCAAUCAAACGUCUGUUUUACGAGCAAGGAGUGAGCCCAGCAAUUGUAGAGAUCGAUCAGAACAUGUACGGUAAAGAUAUCGAGUGGGCCUUGGCUCGUUUAGGUUGCAGCCCUACUGUUCCGGCAGUUUUUGUCGGAGGGAAAUUUGUAGGAACGGCCAAUACCGUCAUGACUCUUCAUCUCAAUGGGUCAUUGAAAAGGUUGCUCAAAGAAGCUGGUGCUUUGUGGCUAUAGUACUUAAUGGAUGUAUUCUUGAGUGAUUUACAUUGUGAUCUUUUUCUUUGAUCUUUGAAAAUGUCUUCACUUUAUGUACGUCUUAUUAAAACAUAUGUGAAGAACUACUUUGUAUUGAGAAUUAUAUUUCUCUGUGUGGAAGUUGAUUUAAUGAUUUACUAUUACCCUUUUGGACAGUAA